AUGUUCGGUUGGCAAGAUGGUGCUUUGUGCAUCCUGAUACUGGCCAUCAUCCUCGGUUUGCUUGGCACGGCUCUCGCCCUGGCCGGACACGUGGUGUUCGCAUUGUCCAAACGUUUGUACUAUUUUCAUUCUAGCGGAGAAGCUCACGUUGUAGCCGCAUUUGUCACUGCCUUGGCCACCUUGAUUUUUCAUGUGACCGCGAUGGUCCAUCUGCAAACGGACGGGCCCGUAUACUUUGGUGCCGGAUAUGCAAUCACUUGGUUCGCGUGUUGCCUGCAUUUGAUUUGUGCGUUACUGCUCUCGUUGGACGAAGUGCUACAUCGGUUGGCCAUCCGGUCCACUCAGGAUCCGUGUAUUCGCGCCUGUAUGCACUGUCUGAUUCGAUGUUAUGGUCGCGUGCAGGCGAAACAUCGAGCCAUACAAACCAGUCAGGCACUUCGACGAAAACGAAAAUUGGAGUCACAGAUUCGAUAA